AUGUAUUUUUCACCUUACUUGCUGCAUGACAUGAGAGAUGACCUUUUAUAUAUGUGGACCCCACAGAUUUGGAGUGAGCGGACACUCACAGAGCCUCAUAUUUAUACUGGAAAGGAGGCAUCACUUACGCAAUAUUUAACAGUGAAGCAUGCAGAUCUUUAUGCAAAUAAUUUUAUGUGGUGGACCGGACAGAUUUGGAGUGAGCGGACACUCACAGAACCUCAUAUUUAUACUGGAAAGGAGGCAUUACCUACGCAAUAUUUAACAGUGAAGCUUGCAGAUCUUUGUGCAAAUAAUUUUAUGUGGUGGACCGGACAGAUUUGGAGUGAGCGGACACUCACAGAGCCUCAUAUUUAUACUGGAAAGGAGGCAUCACCUACGCAAUAUUUAACAGUGAAGCUUGCAGAUCUUCAUGCAAAUAAUUUUAUGUGCUUGUGGACUGGGCAGUUUUGUAGUGAGCGGACACUCACAGAGCCUCAUAUUUGUACUGGAAAGGAGGCAUCACCUACGCAAUAUUUAACAGUGAAGCUUGAAGAUCUUUAUGCAAAUAAUUUUAUGUGCUUGUGGACUGGGCAGUUUUGUAGUGAGCGGACACUCACAGAGCCUCAUAUUUGUACUGGAAAGGAGGCAUCACCUACGCAAUAUUUAACAGUGAAGCUUGAAGAUCUUUAUGAAAAUAAUUUUAUGUGCAGGUGGACCGGGCAGAUUUGUUGUGAGCGGACACUCACAGAGCCUCAUAUUUAUACUGGAAAGGAGGCAUCACCUACGCAAUAUUUAACAGUGAAGCUUGAAGAUCUUUAUGCAAAUAAUUUUAUGUGGUGGACCGGACAGAUUUGGAGUGAGCGGACACUCACAGAACCUCAUAUUUAUACUGGAAAGGAGGCAUUACCUACGCAAUAUUUAACAGUGAAGCUUGCAGAUCUUUAUGCAAAUAAUUUUAUGUGGUGGACCGGACAGAUUUGGAGUGAGCGGACACUCACAGAGCCUCAUAUUUAUACUGGAAAGGAGGCAUCACCUACGCAAUAUUUAAAAGUGAAGCUUGCAGAUCUUCAUGCAAAUAAUUUUAUGUGCAGGUGGACCGGGCAGAUUUGUUGUGAGCGGACACUCACAGAGCCUCAUAUUUAUACUGGAAAGGAGGCAUCACCUACGCAAUAUUUAACAGUGAAGCUUGAAGAUCUUUAUGCAAAUAAUUUUAUGUGGUGGACCGGACAGAUUUGGAGUGAGCGGACACUCACAGAACCUCAUAUUUAUACUGGAAAGGAGGCAUUACCUACGCAAUAUUUAACAGUGAAGCUUGCAGAUCUUUAUGCAAAUAAUUUUAUGUGGUGGACCGGACAGAUUUGGAGUGAGCGGACACUCACAGAGCCUCAUAUUUAUACUGGAAAGGAGGCAUCACCUACGCAAUAUUUAAAAGUGAAGCUUGCAGAUCUUCAUGCAAAUAAUUUUAUGUGCUUGUGGACUGGGCAGUUUUGUAGUGAGCGGACACUCACAGAGCCUCAUAUUUGUACUGGAAAGGAGGCAUCACCUACGCAAUAUUUAACAGUGAAGCUUGAAGAUCUUUAUGCAAAUAAUUUUAUGUGGUGGACCGGACAGAUUUGGAGUGAGCGGACACUCACAGAGCCUCAUAUUUAUACUGGAAAGGAGGCAUCACCUACGCAAUAUUUAACAGUGAAGCUUGCAGAUCUUCUUGCAAAUAAUUUUAUGUGCUUGUGGACUGGGCAGUUUUGUAGUGAGCGGACACUCACAGAGCCUCAUAUUUGUACUGGAAAGGAGGCAUCACCUACGCAAUCUUUAACAGUGAAGGUUGAAGAUCUUUAUGCAAAUAAUAUUAUGUGGAGGUGGACUGGGCAGAUUUGUUGUGAGCGGACACUCACAGAGCCUCAUAUUUAUACUGGAAAGGAGGCAUCACCUACGCAAUAUUUAACAGUGAAGCUUGAAGAUCUUUAUGCAAAUAAUUUUAAGUGGUAA